UUGCUGAAUCGUCCUAACACUUUAGGUUAAGAACAUGGGCUUAGAUCUUGAACGUUUUGAGAAUCCCGUGGAUCCUGAAUUAAUCUGUAAACUGUGUGGGAAAGUUUUAGAGGAUCCUCUUACCACUCCUUGUGGACAUGUCUUCUGCGCUGCUUGCGUGCUCCAGUGGCUCUCCAAAGCCAACAACUGCCCGGUCCAGUGUCAGAAGAUCUCCACCAAAGAGUUGAACCACGUCCUGCCCCUAAAAAACCUCAUUCUCAAACUGGAUAUCAAAUGCGAUCACCGCGAACGAGGCUGCGAUAGAAUUAUGAAGCUCCAGCAUCUGCCGGUGCACGCAGAAAUGUGCGACUUCUCUCCGGUUACAUGCAGAAAUAAAGGAUGCGACGUGGUGGUCAGUCUGAAGGAUGUGGCAUCACACUUGCGGGAUAAAUGCGAGCACAGACCGGUGGUGGUCUGUCAGGAUGGAUGCGGGCUGAUGCUCACCCUCAAGGAGAAGUCGGAGGGCCACUGUUGUCUCCGAGCGCUUCAGAUGCGCAAUGGGAUUCUCCUUGCCAAAGUGCAGGAUUUGGAGAGGGAGCUGAAGCGCCAGUCCUUGAGGUUCAGUAACAGGGAGAGAUCUCUCCUCUCCAAACUAUCUGCGCUCCGCUGCGAGCUGCACAUGACAGUGCAGAGAUUUCAGAAGAAGAUCACCGAGUACAAGAGCAGGAUUGACGCACUGUCAAACACCUGGAGCCCUCUGAAUCAGGGAGAAGAAACAAUGAGCUUCAAAGGCACCCUCAACAGACCAUCAGGAUCUCUUGGAUUUAGUAUCAUUGGAGGAAGAUUGUGUGAGGAACAAGAGGAUCAUGGGGAUCUCAGUGAUGGGAUCUAUAUAUCUAAGGUUGUGGAAAAUGGAGCAGCUGACAAAGGAGGACUACAGAUUCAUGACAGGAUCCUAGAGGUAAAUGGAAAGAACCUUUCCCAUGCCACUCAUGAUCAAGCAGUAGAGGCCUUCCAAACAGCCAAAGACCCCAUUGAGGUUCAGGUGCUGCGCAAUACGGCGCAUAACAAGACUUUUAAGAAUCUUGCAUCAGCCCAAGGAUUGGACAACAGUACUCAGACUAACAUUACUCUGAAAUGUUUGUCACAUAUAGAGGCUAUGGCUAAGUUGCCCUCGCCUCCAACGCCACAGGGUUUGGCCAUGCUGGACAGUUUACUUUUACUCACAGAGUCUCAAAUGGAAAGACGUGAUUCACCUUACCCCCCAGACUUCAUCGACAACAUACAGAAAGACACUGAGACCAGAGGACUGGAAUAUGAGGAGGUAGAUCUGCAGAGGAUAAUGACACAGGAUAAGCUCGGCCUGACGUUAUGUUGCAAGACUGACAAUGAAAAGACUGCCAUUUAUGUUAGCGAGAUUGAUCCAGAAGGUAUUGCAGCAAAGGAUGGCAGAGUCCAGCAAGGAGACCAGAUUAUCCAGAUCAAUGGAGUGGACAUCCAGAGCCAUGAUGAGGCAGUGACACUUCUGACCAGGGUGAAGAGUAAGAAUGUGACCCUCCUAGUGGCUCGACCAGAAAGUCAGGGUGAUGGCUGGAUAGAGGAGGACAGAAACAACUUUCUAGAUGACUUGCACAUGGACAUGCUGGAGCAACAACAUCAUCAGGCCAUGCAGUUCAAUGCCAGUAUGUUGCAGCAGAACAGACAUGAAGACGACGGAGGCACCACUGAUACAGCAACCAUACUGUCCAAUCAUCAUGAGAAAGACAGCGGUGUGGGCCGUACAGAUGAAAGCACUCGUAAUGACGAAAGCUCUGAGCAGGAGAUUUUGGGGGAUUACCAGACUUCAGCUUGCGACACACUGACAGGAAACCAAAAGAAGUUCAACUAUAGCCAGGACACUGUGGGAAGUGGGGCCAUGCACCUAAGCAAUGACUCCUUCCUGUCUAUUGACAAUGGAGACAGUGGAAAUCUCCUUGGUAUAUCUGGCAUGGAGUGUGAACACUUCCGGGAACUGCUUGAACUAAAAUGCUUGGUGAAUGGCAAAAGUCCUUGUGGAUUUCUGGAGCACGAUACUGGACCAUAUUCAGACGGAGUUAGUUUGGACUCCAAUGAACAGGAGAUUCAGAUGCUCAAUGAGGAAUUGCUGAACAUUGAGCUGGAAUGCCUGAGUAACAUACAAGCACACAGGCUUCACACAAAAGUAGAAGGGCAGCAACCAAGCAGUGAUUCCAGUUCAAUGCACUUCACUAAACUAACAAGUUCAGACAAGAUCCAUCAAGAACUCAUCAAUAAGCAAGUGGAAAAGGAAAGCUCUAGCGCUUACAACUCUGGAGAGAGCUGUUGGAGCAUACCUCCUGCUCUGGGGCUUUCUCCAGACUCCAAAAGCACAGUUACUGAAGACAGACGUGGAAGCAACCCAAUGACAGCAUGCUUAAAGCAUCCUCUUUCUCCUAUUCAGGAGACCAGCCCCGCUAAGAGGCACCCUUCCCCUGGAGAUACAGAGGUCACGUAUUUGGGAAAAAGAAAGCAAAGUGAGAAAAGGAACCCCAGUAAGAGUCUUUUGACUUCCUCUCAUCAUUCCCCUUUGAAGCAUAACUACAUUCCAGCCCAUGCGCAACAUUACCAAAGCUACAUGCAGCUUAUCCAGCAGAAGUCAGCUGUGGAAUAUGGCCACAGUCAGGUCAGCUUAGCCAGCCUGUGCAAGAACCCAGAGACUUGCCCCACUGAAUCCAGGCCCAAGACGGAGUGGAAGGUAAAGAUCCGUAGUGACGGAACACGGUACAUUGCAAAAAGGCCCACUAGGGACAAGCUGCUGAAGGAGCGUGCUUUGCGUAUCCGAGAAGAGCGCUCUGGCAUAACAACUGAUGACGAUGCAGUGAGUGUACUGAAAGUGGGUCGAUACUGGAGCAAGGAGGAGCGCAAGCAGCAUGCAGCGCGAGCCAAAGAACAACGGCAACGGUGGGAACUCAUCAAGCAGAGCUGUAUGGAGAGCAAGGAGCAAGCAGGAGCUUUGGUUGACAAGAAAGGGCCAGAUAUUAUCCAGCUCAGCCACAAAAAGAUGAUGAGGAAAAGAAACAAGAGGAUUUUUGACAACUGGAUGACCAUUCAAGAGCUGCUGACACAUGGCACGAAAUCAACAGAUGAGACAAGACUAUAUAAUUCCUUCCUUUCCGUGACUACAGUGUAAGGGAUUUAUUGGUUUAAGGAACUUAUGGUUUACUGUGUAAAUUUUUAUAUAAGUUGGUGUAGGAAAUCUUGCCUCAUUUAAGGAGGCAGUUCAUUUAAGGACGAGGGAUGUAUGAAAGGUUACAAAGAUUUGUGUGACAACACAUUUGGAGUACAUAGCAGAAUUUCCAUCUAUAGUAUACAUAUACAUAAAGCACUUUUCCACCAUUGGGCUGAACGGUUCCAGUAGCAAUUCUGUCUGAGCAUGGUUUGGUACAGUUCGAUUACAAACUGUUCCCGGCCCAGAAUUCUGAGCAUGAUUAACUAUCAGUAUUCUGGGCCAAGAACCAUGCUGGUGGCACACCUGUGAUGAUGCAGCAACUCAUGAGUGGUCACUUGCCCAAUCAAUCCAAUCCAUUCUAAUUUAGAUUUUGCAGCACCACAGUGGAAAAAUUAACCAUAAUCGUGCCAACAACCCUGGAUCGGUAUGAUCCGAUGGUGGAAAUGCAGCUAUGCUUGAGGAAUUCAAACAAAAACCAAAUCUCUUUGUCAUCUUUUUUUACUAUGUGCUAAUUUCAUAUCUUAAUUCUUUUUAGAGAGACUUCACAGAACUUCAGGCUGCACCAAAAAAAGAAUCAUUUUCUACUGAAAUAUUUUAUUGAAAUUGACAGUAGUGUAAGAACUGAUGCAGACCUAUUAUUUUAUGUAAAAUACUAGCUCUUAAUUGUAAUAACUGCCUUUUACUUACAUAUUACCCGUUUAUAAUACAUGGUGGCUAUCAGUCUUGGGUCCUGCUGAAAAUACCUGAAUAGUUGAGAAAAAAAAACAUUUGUGCUCUAGAUGUACCAUUCAUUGUGUCUAUGACCUGAAUUAUGCUUCCAAAGUGUUUUAUUCAGAUGAAAGAUUAGAAAUUUCUCCAGUUGCCAUAGAUUGAGCAUAUCACUGCUUUUAAUGUGAACAUGUAUUGCUCUUCAGGAAUACUGCUGAAAGCCCAAGCAUUCAGUUCACAUGGAUAUCAUACAAUUUCAAUUUUCACAAAAGCAGUGAACACUUAUUACAAUCUACAAAAUCUACUUUAAUUUAAAAAUUCUAAAUAUCAAAAAGGAGCUGUGGAAAUAGGGAUGGGUUGAACAGCCUGAAUACAUGUAGGAAGCAUGAAAAGUACAGUUUUAAGAUAUAUUUUUGUUGACAAAGUGUUACUCAUUUAAACCUUUAUACAACUGUUUGCUAUUUCUUGGUGAAAAAUAAAAUUAAAAGCAUAUAACAAAUAA